AUGGUGCAUGCCCCCCACGCGGCGGCUACCCGGCGAAGAGGAUCGUCGGUGGACCCCGCCAUGGCGAACCGACCAAACGCCAGCAGCGGCGCGCCUGCUUCGAACCAGGUUCCGCCGAACAAACGGGAAAGGCAGGUGGGGCAGUUUGUGCUGAGCAAGACGAUGGGAGAAGGGACCUUCGGCGAGGUGAAGCUGGCGGUGCACACGCCGACUUCGGAGAGGGUCGCGGCUAAGGUUUUAGAGAAGAGCCGCAUCAAGACCAUCGCCGACGUCAAGAGGGUCAGCCGCGAGAUCAAGAUCCUGAAGAGAGUGAGACAUCCAAACGUCAUCGCCCUCUACGAGGUCAUGGACACCCCAUCAACGAUCUACUUCAUGAUGGAGCACUGUGACGGAGGAGAGCUGUUCGACUACAUCGUACGGCAUCAACGGCUUCAGGAGGGGCAGGCGUGCUUCUUCUUUAGGCAGCUGGUGGAUGGCAUCGAGUACCUGCACAAGCACGACGUGACCCACAGGGACUUGAAGCCGGAGAACCUGCUCCUGCAGUCUUCAGACGAUGGGUGGCGACUCAAGAUUAUCGACUUUGGCCUAAGCAACACCCACGAGGGCGGGAAACUUCUACAGACGGCGUGCGGGUCGCCGUGCUACGCAGCUCCGGAGAUGAUCGCGGGCGAGAGAUAUCAAGGGCCGGCGGCGGACAUCUGGAGCUGCGGCGUGGUUCUCUUCACGCUAGUGGCGGGGUUCCUGCCUUUUGAGGACCCCAACACUUCCGCGCUGUACAAGAAGAUUUUGUCGGGAUCCUACGAGAAGCCGAACUGGCUGUCGGAAGGCGCGAAGCACCUGCUGGCCCUAAUUCUCAACACCGACCCGACGAAGCGCGCGACCGUCUCCGUCAUAAGGCGGGACCAGUGGUACGUCGGGGCCCACCCCCCGGCGGCGAAGCCAAAGGCGACCCCCUUUCCGGUCGUGCCGUGUUGCCGGUCCCAUAUCGAUGACAAGCUCCUAUCCCGUGCGAUAACGCUAGCGCGGGGCGGCGGACGGCCGGGGGGUGGCGGGGGUGACAAGGGCGAGCCUACGGCGACGGCGGUGGAGGGAGCGGCGGCGGGUCUGCUGAGCGGCCGCCACGACCCCGUCGGCACGGCGUACUACCUCCUCCUCAAGAGGAGCGGCGGGGGAGGUGGGACACACAGGGCGGCAGCAUCCACCGUCAGCCGCGCCGGGAGCUGCAGCGGGGGUGGAGAAGCCGCCGGUGACAAGUGCUACUCAUGCACCGACGCCGCGAGGAAUCCAGGGAAACCCUUCAUACUCUUCGUCGACGUCGAGCUCGAGGUCCGGGGGCCACUGCAGGCGCCGGUGCUUGUAUCGAGAACCACUCGAGCGGUUAGGGCAGCAACCGUGGGGGCGGCGGCGGCGGCGGCGGCGGCAAGGGCGCCGGUCCAAACGCAACAAGAGGCAGGAUCAGCAGGCGGCGGAGGAGGAAAACAAGCCGCUGCCAAGAAAGACGGCGAUGAGACCAGGGUUGCAGCGCUGGUGGAGAGGCAUCCCAGAAACAGCCGGGGGUGGGGGGGCGCGAGCGGGGAGGGGCAUCAGGGCGUCGGGCAGCCUGGGCAAAAUAUGACACCGCGGAGACCAGUUCCCAGGCUCUCCUUCGGAGGAAUAUCCCGAACCGCGGCCGCAGAAAACAUCGGCGGAGGCGGCGAGGGGGGGAAAGGCACCACCCGACCUUUGCCUUCGGCGACAGUUUUCACGAGCCAAACGGCAAGAGCACAUAGCGGCGGAGACAACCAGGUGAGCCAGCAGGGGGCGCCGGCGGAUCAUUCCGCGAGGAACCAGCCGCGCUGCGGUGGAGUCGGCAGCGGCGCCCCCGCCGAUCACCCCCGCGACCCCCGCCGAGAGAGCAACCGUAGCGGUAGCAGCAGCAGCAGCACAAGCGGGAGUAGCGCCGGCGGCUGGAACACUGCCGUGGCGGGAGGAGGAGGAGGAGGAGGUGCGCUCCCCCGCCGUCCGCUCACAGCCCGGUCCCCACUCCGAUCUUCGGCGCCGACCCCUCGCCUGUCUGGCGACUUCAGCCUCGCUCGUCCGCGGGGGUCGCCGGUCGCCGCCGCCGCCGGCAGCGGCGGUCGAAGCAUAUCCAGCGCGGGGCCCUCCCCAAGAGCGGCGGUGGGGAGAGUAUCAUCUGGGGUUGAAGUCGGGCGAGCACCCCUGAGGGCAUCGCUCGUGCCGUCGGCGGCGGCGGCGGAUUCGGCUACGGCGAGAGCGUCGUCGGUCCCAGCAGGAGGAGCGAGGCCGUCGCCGGCUCUGGGUGUAGACUCAGCCCCGGCGGCGGCGGCGACCUCGCCGGUGCUGUCGGUCUCCACGAACAGAUCGACGGCGAGGCAGCAGCCUUCUCUGCGGGUACGGCUGCGAAAUAUUUCCUCCAAGCCCGGGGUUUCAACGCAAAGGCGGCUGGACCCUCCUGAGGGGACGGAAGCAGCCGGCGGUUCCGGGGUCACAGCUACCGUACGCGGGGCAGUGAGAAAAAGCGCGGCCGGUCCCUCGUUACGCCCCGCGCCGCACUGCCCUCCCUUUUCUUCGGCGUCCGCGGGCACCGCCGCUGCCUUAGCGUCGACCGGCGGGGCGAUGGCAGGGGCGCGGGAUUUCUGGGGAAAGCGUGCUUCCGCAAAGCUUGAAGCCGGUGGUGCCAGCGGAGGUUGUGUCGGCGGUGGCGGCCGCAGUAUCGGUCGCGUGUCGUCGCCAGGCGGACCAACCUUCAGAGCGCCGCCGCACGCGUCAACCUCCGCGGCAAAGUGCUGCUAA